CAUACUUCAGUUCAUACCACCGGCAACCCACGGUCCCAAUCUAAAUUUGAAAAAUAAAUAAAUACAUCGGUUCUCACCAAAACUUUGACGAAAGCCUCCUCCCAUCUGCCCGCCUCCAUCUUUAUAAUCUGAUAGCAAAAGGCAUCCUAGCAAGCUACAUACAUACAAGGAAAUCACCAAUCUGAUAUCAACAAAGCAUCCUAGCAAUUAAGCCCCCAUACAAGGAAAGGAAAAUGGCCGACGCCGUCAUUAGUGCCACUAUUCAGGUUGCCUUGGAGACGGCAGCAUCUCUUGCCACUGACAGGAUUGGUAUGUUGUGUGGCUUCAAGAAGGAUGUGGCCAGCAUGACUCGAACUCUUAGCUUUAUCAAUGCUCUCUUGGCUGAUGCUGAGGAAAGGCAACAAAACCAGGACCGGGGAGUCCAAGAAUGGUUGAAGAGUCUGGAGGAAGUUGCUUAUGAUGCUGGCAAUGUGUUGGAUGAGCUCAACUACGAAUCUCUUCGUUGCAAGGUGGAGUCCCGGAACCAACUCAAGAGCAAGGUAUGUUGCUUCUUCUCCUGCUCUAACUCCGUUGCUUUCCGUUGGAGAAUGGCUUCUAAGGUCAGGGACAUCAAGCUUAAGUUGAAUGAGAUCAAUCAAGAAGCCGAUGGAUUGGGACUGAUCAGCAGGGCAGUCAUGACAGCUGCCCUCCCUGCUGCUGCUGAUGCCGGAGACAAAAGAAAUCGGCAGACCGACUCGGUUGCUGUUCCAAUGACGGGAAGAGCUGAUGAUGAAUCAAAGAUAGUGAAGAUGCUGUUGAGCCCGUCUGAGAAGGUUGUUUCUUGUCUUCCCAUAACUGGUAUGGGAGGUCUAGGCAAAACAACUUUGGCUAAAUCGAUAUACAACAAUCAGCAAAUUGAUGGGCAAUUUAAGAAAAAGGUGUGGGUUUGUGUAUCGAAAAAAGUUCCAAUAGUGGAGCUCUUCAAACUCAUAUUAGUGCAAUUGAUGAAAGGAAAAGUUGAAGUGGAUGAUAGGAAUGUCAUCGUUGAAGACAUUCAAAAUCAACUAGGGGGAAAAAGAUAUUUCCUAGUCCUUGAUGAUGUGUGGGAUGAUGAUCAGGCAUUGUGGGAUGACUUUUUCACCACCUUGAAGGGACUCCAUCCAACCAAUGGAAGCUGGUGUCUUGUCACUACUCGUUUGAGGAUGAUGGAAAAUGAAGCCUAUCCAUUAGGAAAACUACCUGAUGAUCUUUGCUGGUCUAUCCUAAAAGAAAAAGUAGUUGGAGGGGAAGAAGAACCUGAUGAACUAAAAGCAAUUAAAGAGAGAGUAAUCAAAAGAUGUGAUGGUCUACCAUUGGCUGCAAGUGUAAUUGGAGGUCUAUUAUCUUUAAAGAGAAAAGAGGAAUGGCAACCAAUUUUGGAGAAUAGGCUUUUGAGUUUGAGUGCAGAUGGAGAUCAUGUGAUGCAAAUACUUAAGUUUAGUUUUGAUAAUUUGCCAUCUCCAUACAUUAAGAAAUGUUUUGCAUAUUGUUCUAUAUUUCCCAAGGAUAGUGAGAUAGAAAGGAAUAUGCUCAUCGAACUUUGGAUGGCAGAAGGUUUCCUCCAAGCAGAUCUCAACAACCAAAUGAUGAUGGAGGAAAUUGGAAUGAAUUAUUUGAGAAUUUUAUUGCAGAGUUCGUUGUUGGAAGAAACAAGAAAUUAUCACGGAACAUGUUAUAAGAUGCAUGAUCUGGUCCACGACCUUGCAGAGUCAAUGUCAAAGACUACCAAAGUCAUUAUUGAUAGGGAUACGAGUAUAGUAGACAAUGGUAAUCAGAUUCGUUACCUUGCAACAGACUCAUUUGGUGGCAGAGAAGACAGAGAAAAACUUUUGGAGAGUCUAUCAACUUCACUUCAUACAUUGUUCUUCACAGAGGGCAACUUAUCUGGCGAUAUGUUAAUGAAGUUGAAGAACUUGUAUGUUUUGAAUUUGUCUCUUACAAUAACUGAAGAGCUACCAGUCUCAAUUGGCAAAUUGAUACAUUUGCGGUAUGUUAACCUUGAGCGGUCUUCAAUCAGUUUUUUGCCAGACUCCCUUUGCAAGCUUUACAAUCUGCAGACAUUGACGCUAAGUGAAUCAUCUGUUAAACAUCUUCCUAAGGGGAUGUGCAAUUUGAUUAGCUUGAGACAUCUCCACUAUUACAUAGAUGAUGAUGGAGAAUUUCAAAUGCCGCUAGAGAUGGGACGGCUGACUUGUCUUCAGACACUACGGUUCUUUAACGUGGGUCGAGAGAAGGGUCGACAAAUUGAAGAGUUUGGAAGCUUGAAGAACCUCAAAGGCAGAUUGGAGAUACGCAAUCUGGAACUAGUAAAGGGUAAGGAAGGAGCUGAGGAAGCAAAACUAUCUGAAAAGGCAAAUCUAUUUAGUUUGCGACUUUGGUGGGCCUAUGAUCGAGACGGCGACAACUACAAUGACGAAGAUGUGUUAGAUGGCCUUCGACCCCACCCAAAUUUGGAGGAGUUGGUAAUUUCGCUUUUUAUGGGCGAUCAAUUUCCUCGAUGGUUAAUGGAUUUGCCAACAACAACAACACUCCCCAAGUCAGCAACAACACCCCCCAAGUUAGCGCGUUUGGUAUUUAAUCGCUGCAACAGAUGCAGAGAACUCCUUUCCCUGCAAAACUUUGCGUCUCUUAAGCAGCUGGAGAUUUAUGAUUGUGAUGAGUUGACGAAUCUGUCAGGUGACAUGCUACACUAUUGUACCUCUCUCCAGAAGCUUCGGGUGAUUGGUUGCGGAAAUCUUAUAUCCUUUCCACUUGAUUUGCGACAAACACCUUCUCUCUUAGAGCUGGAAUUAUCCUCGUGUCCCAAACUGAAAACAAGCAUGACGCCCAAAGGAUUUGGUUUCCUAACCAGCUUAAGGGAGCUUAGAAUUGGUCCCUUCUCAGAUGAUCAUGAAAAUUCUUCAAUUUACAAUGAGUUUGAUUGGUCUGGAUUGAUAUCCUCCUCCUCUUCUUCAUCAUCUGCACUCCGUCUACUAAGAUUAACUGGGUUGCCACACAUGGAGUCCCUGCCACAUCAGAUCCAAUACUUGACCACUCUCAUGUCACUAAUGCUACGUGACUUUGGAGGUAUAAAAGCUCUGCCAGAUUGGUUCGGGAACCUCGCUGCUCUUGAAGAAUUGCAUUUAUUUGAUUUCAAAGAGCUUCGACAUCUACCCUCUGGGGAUGCCAUGAGAAGUCUCACCAAACUAAAACGUCUGCUGGUCAUUGGUUCUCCUCUGUUAAAAGAAAGAUGCACUCCUGAGAGCAGCGGCCCCGACUCCCAGUGGUCCAAAGUUUCUCACAUUCAAGACCUACGCAUACGUUGAUUAAUAAUCAACUUUCAUCUUUGGAUCAAAUUCAAUCAUGAUUGAUAGAAGAAUAGCUUCACGAACAGAGAUUUCAGGAGUUUCCAAAGCUGUUGGCUGUCAAACUGGUUUUGGUUCUAAGAGUCCGGUAAGCCACAGAAUAUGUCUGUUCAUGCAAUAAAGCUGCAUGGACUUGUUAGAGUAUCUUCUAGCACAAUCAAGUCUAAGCUGCAACUUUUGAAGCAUAUCGCCGUAGUUAGUCAAGACUGUCAAGCAUACUUGCUGCCCGCUGCUACUUGCUGCAAUUGCUUCAUCCGCUGUGAUGAAGGCUAUUAAGCUCAUCCCACCUUCUAUACUUGUUGGUUGCUCCUCUCUUCAUGGAUGGAAUUCUCUUUUGCUCUCUGCCUUGGAUGGCUAAAGCCUGAGAUCUUCCUUGUUGGCUCGUGAUUUUAAACUGUCCAACCAUUCAGCAAUUUGUAGAGAUGUUAAUGAGGUGUUCUUUUUCUUCUUUUGGAACUCAAUUUGCCAUAUCUUUCAUGCUGCUUGUAGUUCAAAGUAGCCGGUAUUUUGUGUAGCAGAAAGAUGUGGAUUAGCUGAGCCCUGCUAGAUGCCUUGCAUCCUUCUUGAAGUUGUAUCUUAGAGCUAUAACAGGCAACGUAUUUUUUCUCAGUGUUUUGCAGUUGACUACAUGGUUGUAUCCAAUGAUACUUUUCCAUUGCUCCUUGUAUCUGUAAAGCUCAGACAGGACUCAGAGCACAAGAAUCAGUCAGCUAGAGCCCUUCUAUUUAUGUUAAAUCAGAGGGCAAUUUAGAAAACUGAAUUGCUAAGGCACCAAUUUCUAUGCAUGAAAGGAUCCCACUUGGUGGAUGGGAACGUUGGAGAGAUGAAAUUAUGGAAAUCAAUUGAACAGGAUUAUAUAGGAACAUAUAAGGUCAACCUUAGUUCAUCACACUGACAUUUUACAUAGCAUCUAUUUGUAAAAUUACUUCUAUGUGAACUUGUCUCCUUGUACGUCAAUAUUGUUCCAUGAAGCGCUAUUGUGACAUGGAUCUUACA